UAUACAUUGUCGACUCAAGCUCUUGUUCUUUGUUCUAGCAGUCUGGAGCACGGUUAAGGAUCGAGCCAUUCUCUCAUCCAUGAUACCAGUCAGAUACAAACUACCUGACGUGAUGCUAGUUCGAAGGUUAAAGGUCAGUAUCCUCCUGGUCAUUACAGUGUCCAUCUUGUACCUCGUGAUCGCGGUGUUACGAAACAACCAACUGGAGCUGAGCUUUCACUCCUCUGACCGUCACGUGAUCAACUCGAAGGGUCUGUUCUCUUUAAGUCGAGAUGCAGCACAGCAAGUUGACCAACGACUGUCUCAUGCGAGCCAGGCCAAGCCCAACGUCUCCACUGUAAUUGAGUUUCAGCACCAAGGGCAGGCCACUCAUAAACAGAUCCCUAACCAAGGGCAGGCCACUCAUGAAGCAAUUCCCCACCAAGGGCAGGCCAGUCAUGUAGAGUUUCAUCACCAAGGGCAGGUCAUUCGUGAAGAGAUUCCUAACCAAGGGCAGGCCACUCAUGAAUCGAUUCCUCACCAAGUGCAAACUACCCAACAUCACAAUCUCAAAGAGGCCGCAACAGAAAUGCCCCGACCUAUGUCAGCGCUGUUGAAAAAUGCCAGUUACCCGUAUGUGAACGUGGUUCCCUCUGAGCCAGCCUCGAACUGGACCGACGUUGACUGCGUCCCCCUCCCCGAGUGCAGCGACCCCAGGGUGAAAAUCUGCCUCCACACCGACGAACAGGACGGAUAUAUUUCUGGCUCUCUAAGGCGCAACACUUUAUGGGAGCGACACUUAAUCAAAGAGAUGGAAACUGUUCUUUUAUCAAACCAGCGUCUGACCCUGGUUGACUUGGGGUGCAACAUUGGGCAGUACACCCUGUGGGCCGCCGCCCUGGGCCGCCGCGUGCUGGCCGUGGAGAUGCUGAUGGAGAACGUGGUCAAGCUGCAGACGUCUCUCAAGUUGAGCCGGCUCGGGCAGUUGGUCACCAUAGUAAACAACGCGAUAUACAAGGACCGUCGGGUGCUUGGCACCAAGUUUGUAAGACACAAUUUUGGAGGGAACCGCCUCAACACUUCCAACGUGUUUGAGCCGCUGGACAGCAAGCACGUGAAGGUCAAGGUGAAGACGAUCUGCAUGGACGACCUUGUGCCGCUGGUAGGAGGUCAGUCGGUGUACCUGAAGAUGGACAUCGAGAACAGCGAGCAUGACGCUCUGCAGUGUGCUGAUGCCUUCUUCCGGCACGUCGACGUGCGUGUCCUCCAGAUGGAGUGGAUGGACAAGACACUGGAAGAGAAGAACAUCAUUUCCGGUUUCCUCUCCAAGCAGGGGUAUGUGCCAUCAGAAAGCGCUAGCCGCUACUCACCGCCAAAGUACAUAGAUUAUGCUAAAGAUGUUUUCUAUUUGAAAAACGAUAGUAUAGCAGUUACCCCGAAAACGUAAACAAAAGUUGGAAUUUAUAUUACCAAUGCCAAGUUAAAGAAAUAAUACUUGUUUUUGGAUGGUAGAAAUAGGAGAUUGUCCUGAUGUGAAAUAUGUAGGAUGCUUGUGACAAACAACUAGCAUGUAGCAGGUAGCAUUUAGCAGGUAGUAAUUGUAUUUGAUACAAACAGUCAUGAUUUAAACAAACGACUCUGCUUCUUACGCUUACAAGGCGUCUGGGUAUCACAUAAAGUGAUAAUUGUCAGAAAUAGUAGUGGUGAAUUAAUCCAACAUUUGCAGUAGGGUUUAGAAAAUGAACGAGCAGUUUUAUGUUGUGCUGAGUUAGUGUUCAUGUUAUGCCGAGCAAGUUUAUAAUUAUUUUUAAUUUGUUUGUUUGAGUUGAUGUUUAUAAAAGUUGAUUAUUGGGCCUCAUUUGUUAAGAUGCACAAACCCAAACGCUCAGAUAGUGAUUGCUUCAAACUGUAGGUUAAACUAAGUUCUAUUGUGGUUUGCUUUGUGAUUCUCUUGUCAUAGACCGGGACCAGGCUGACAUUUGUCAUUGAAGCGUUGCAGUUGUCAGUGAUGUUUUUUUUUGGACUAGCGACAUGGGCCCUUAUAAUUGGUUCUUUUGUACUGUGGUCACACUUGUAUACGAUCAAGGUUUCUUGAGUUUACAAGUGUUAGGGUUUGGUGAGAGUAGAGAGGUUAGGGUUUGAUGAGAGUAGAGAGGUUAGGGUUUGGUGAGAGUAGAGAGGUUAGGGUUUGGUGAGAGUAGAGAGGUUAGGGUUUGGUGAGAGUAGAGAGGUUAGGGUUUGGUGAGAGUAGAGAGGUUAGGGUUUGGUGAGAGUAGAGAGGUUAGGGUUUGGUGAGAGUAGAGAAGUUAGGGUUUGGUGAGAGUAGAGAGGUUAGGGUUUGGUGAGAGUAGAGAGGUUAGGGUUUGGUGAGAGUAGAGAGGUUAGGGUUUGGUGAGAGUAGAGAGGUUAGGGUUUGGUGAGAGUAGAGAGGUUAGGGUUUGGUGAGAGUAGAGAGGUUAGGGUUUGGUGAGAGUAGAGAGGUUAGGGUUUGGUGAGAGUAGAGAGGUUAGGGUUUGGUGAGAAUAGAUGGGUAAGCGUUCGGUGAAAUAUAUAAGGGUUUGGUGAAAUAUGUAAGGGUUUGGUGAAAAACUGGGACUCAAUUCGUCGAAAAUAGGAGAGCUUAUACAUUGAA